ACUUCUCUUUUCCCAUCUCUCCCUUGGCCUCACCAAUUGAUCAUCUCCCCUUACUUUCUCUAUAAAUUUGCCAACCCUACUUCACUGCUUUCCUCCCCGCCCUUCUUCUACCUCUUGAUUAUUAGCCUUGCAGGUUCAAAAGAAUUCUGAAGGAAAUAAUAUUGUAGUGACGCUUUAGUCUCUUUGUCCAUUUAGUGGCAUUCCAUGUGCCUUGGAAUCACAUUGCUAUACUUUGUGUUAUUAAUUAAACCCCACCGUCCAUUAAUACAUCGCUCACUGUCUCUCACACUCUCCUAUACGUAUAUAAACUGUGGUCCCUUGCUGGUCUUGAUUAUCCAGGCCUCUCUCUCACAUCUUGUUGUUUAGUUCUUGUAUUAAUUGGUUCAUCACCUCAUUCUCAGGAAGAAGUUUGCUUUAGUUGUUUGUGCAAAUGGGGGAAGAAGCUAAGCAGGAACAAGCCAAGGCAGAGGCUAAGCCAGAAGAGAAGAAGGAAGAAAAUGUAGAGGAGAAGAAGGAGGAGAAACCAGCAGAGGAAGCAAAGAAGGAAGAACCAAAGCCACCAUCUCCAUUUGUCUUGUUUGUGGACUUGCAUUGUGUGGGGUGUGCCAAGAAGAUUGAGAGGUCCAUCAUGAAGAUUAGAGGUGUGGAAGGGGUUGUGAUGGACAUGGCACAAAACCAAGUGACUAUAAAGGGGAUAGUGGAAACUCAAGCUGUGUGUAAUAAAAUCAUGAAGAAAACCAGAAGAAGAGCUAAAAUUUUGUCCCCGUUGCCUGAAAAUGAGGGUGAACCAAUGCCCCAAGUUGUCGCUUCACAGGUUAGCGGAUUAACAACUGUGGAGCUUGAUAUAAACAUGCACUGUGAUGCCUGUGCUGAGCAACUUAAGAAAAUGAUUCUCAAAAUGAGAGGAGUGCAAACAGCAGUGACAGACUUGAGCACAAGCAAAGUCACAGUGACUGGGACAAUGGAAGCAAACAAACUAGUGGAUUAUGUUUACAGACGCACCAAAAAGCAAGCCAAGAUAGUCCCACAACCUGAGCCAGAGCCAGAGCCAGCAAAGGUAGAAGAGAAACCAGCAGAAGAAGCAAAACCAGCUGAAGAGAAAAAGGAAGAGCAGAAAGAAGAAAAGAAAGAAGAGGAAAAACCAGCAGAAGAAGAUAAAAAGGAAGGAGGUGGUGACAGCCCUGAAAAAAAUGAGAAGAAAGAAGAUGAAGGGCACAAAGAAGUAGUAGAGAAUAUUGACAUCAUGAACAACAUUGAUGAGGAAAACAUGAAGAGGAUGAUGCAUUAUUAUGAUCAGCCACUUUACGUGAUUGAGAGAAUCCCACCUCCUCAGCUCUUCAGUGAUGAGAAUCCCAAUGCAUGUUGCAUUUCAUGAUCUUGUAAUCAUAUAUAUUAAUCAGUUUCCAUAUAAAUUGUUUAUAGCAAGCAGCACAUUUACACCACCAUUGCUCAUGGUGAGAUAGAAUUUAGAGAGGAGUUGAUGAGAUGGUGUUGAUAUAAGUCCGCUGUGGGGAAGAUAAACAUGAGAUCUCCUGCUGUAUUUUGUGUACCAUAUUAAUUGAAGUAUGCAACGCAUGGUCAUUCCAUCUCCAUGAA